UGGAACGCACGGUUUCGGCCCCGGUAGCCCCUCCACAUUCACUCGUCUUCGGGCCACAGCUCGCGGUAGUGUCCCUGUUCCCACGGGCCCCGCCGUCCUGAGUUCAUCUUCGGGCGCUUGUCCGCGUCUCGCCCCUCACCUGAGCCCGAACUUCGCGCGGCCGUCGCCUAACAGCCCUGGCGGGUGUGGAGACCCCUGCGUGACCGGGGGCGGCGGGAGGGCCGCAGCGUAGGUCACCAGCCGUGUGGUUUCUCUUUCCGCAGGAAUCCUUCACACGGAGAACGAGUGUGCGUCUGUCCGCUCCUCCGGAAAUGGCCAAGGUGCUUUAUAACAGAGUACGACUGGUUUCCUAUCUCCCAGGAUUUUGCUCUUUAGUUAAAAGAGUUGUCAGUCCAAAAGCCUUUUCGACUGCAGGAUCUUCAGGUUCCGAUGAAUCUCCUGUGGCUACUUCAACUGCAGAUAUAUGCUCUCGAACAGUGUGGCCUGACGAAACUAUGGGACCAUUUGGACCUCAGGAUCAGAGAUUCCAGCUUCCUGGGAACAUUGGUUUUGAUUGUCACCUCAGUGGGACUGCUUGCCAGAAGAAAAACCAGAUUCAUAAAACUUUGCCUGAUGUUCUAGCAGAACCUUUAUCAGCUGAAAGACAUGAAUUUGUGAUGGCACAGUAUAUGAAUGAAUUUCAGGGUAAUGAAACACCUGUUGAACAAGAAAUUAACAGUGCAGAAACUUACUUUGAAAGUGCCAGAGUUGAGUGUGCAAUCCAAAUAUGUCCAGAAUUGCUACGAAGAGAUUUUGAAUCAUUAUUUCCUGAAGUGGCUAAUAGCAAACUAAUGAUUCUAACUGUAACACAGAAAACUGAGAAUGAUAUGACUGUUUGGAGUGAAGAAGUAGAACUUGAAAGAGAAAUGCUGUUAGAAAAGUUCAUUAGUGGUGCUAAGGAAAUUUGCUAUGCCCUUCGAGCUGAAGGCUAUUGGGCUGACUUUAUUGAUCCAUCAUCUGGAGUGGCAUUUUUUGGACCUUAUACAAACAGCACUCUUUUUGAAACAGAUGAACGCUACCGACAUUUGGGAUUCUCUGUUGAUGAUCUUGGAUGCUGUAAAGUGAUCCGUCAUAGUUUCUGGGGUACCCAUGUGGUUGUAGGAAGUAUCUUCACUAAUGCAACACCAGACAGCCAUAUUAUGAAAAAAUUAAGUGGAAACUAGCAAUAAUGUCAUGUUAUUUGCAAUACUACUUGUGGGUACUGGAUUGAUCUAUAUGAACACUGUCAGAGACCUCACCUUUUAAAAUAUACUUAUUUUAAGUAUUUAUUUCAGCAUUUAUGGAUUUACAACAUUGGCAAGUGACUUGGGAUUUCAAAAUCUCAAAUGUUAAUUAUUCAUAUCAUUGAAUACAUGUUAAACACAUCCACAGUCUACAGAAGAGUGUGGUAAUUAACAUGUAACCAGGGUAUGAUUUCUUAUUGUUAAUUCUCUUUAUUGCAAAAUCCUUAGUUUUAAUUAUUUUUUUCCAAAAAUAAAUCAUACAUAUGGUUAUAA